AACCGGAUUGAUCGAUACAAUACUAAUUUCGCUGGUCCAGAAUAAAGACAACUGGAUUAGAAGGUGACAGAUUGUUGGCAAUAGCGUUUUACGAACGGAUAAAGUGAAUGCAUUGUUUUUUCCAGUUCCGAACAAACGAUUUGGGCAUUAUUGGCUUGAGAUCUCCGUACGAUACAUUUCAAUGGAGUUAUUCGCCACCUUGCGUAUACAUAGACAACAGUCAUCGUUCCGUGGACUACACCUGGAACUCUGACGUUAUUAGCUAUUUAUUAGCUAUUUGUGGAUACGUAUAAACGUUAUAGCUUGAUAAGUCAAAACUGGGCAAGCUCAUAAAUUAAAUUCCUAACGUAAGCUAGCGAUUUUUUUCAGAUGCGAACAUUGUAUUUCAAUGAAAUUUUCAUUGGACCAACUAGCUAACCGUAUGGUAGCUGGUGGUAACGCGUUAUCAAGGAAACGGUAGCUACGUAAUUCUAGCUGUCACAUUUGGGAUUCCGUUACACGCGAUAUGAGUCGACUCACUCGUUUUUAAUCGCUGCAUGAGUUCCUUUACCAGCUGUUUAUUAUUUGCAAAAAGAUCACAGGAUAUAGAAGGGUAGCGAGCUCUAACUCGAAUAGGCUAACGUUGUUCUAUAAAAAGUCUCUGUUUUCUGGACAAAUAUUCAAGCUAGCUGGCUAGCCCCUACCGCUAAUUAUGUAACAGAUAUGUUUUUGGCACAGCAAUUCGUGUGUGUUUUGGUUAAUUUGCUAAAGUAGCAAGCUACCUUGUUCAUUUACCGUUAGCUUGUACAUUGAUCGGUUUUUAGCUGUCUAUACGUACCUUGCGACUGUUACUUGAUAAACACUGGGCAUUAGCUAGGGCACUCGCUUGGUAUUGUACAGAUACCGGUUCACAUUCGCACUGCAGUGCAGUAACGUCAAUUUAAGCAGAUGGAUUAUUUUCUGGACUUUGAGGAAUGCAUCAGAGACUCGCCGACGUUCAGAUUGGCAGUGGACCAGUGUGAGAGUGAAGUGACGGAUCUGGAGGGUCGGGUGGAGAAGGUGAUGAAGUUGUGCAGUCGGAUGGUUGAGGCAGGACAAGCAUACAACACCGCCAAUGAGCAGUUUCUCACCGGGCUGAUGGAGUUCUCCACAUACCAUCGACAGGACAGCAGCAUCAUGAGUUGCCUGGGUCAGUUUAAUCAGGGGCUCCAGGAGAUGAUUCACUUCCACACUAUGUUGUUUGACCAGACACAAAGAGCCAUCGUCCAACAGAUGAGCAAUCUUCUCACACAGUUCCUGCCUCAGGUUCGAGAGACACGGAAGGAGUUUGUGAGGAUCGGGGAGGACCUGGAGCUGGCUGCAGUGAAGAACGGUCAGACUCCUCGCCAUAAAACCACUGAUGCAGAGAGAGCCAGUCAUCUGCUUCUGGCUACACGCAAGUGCUACCAGCAUUUUGCCCUUGACUACUGCCUGCAGCUGAAUAACUUCAAAGCUCAACAGAAACUUGAUAUCUUAAACUCUAUUUUUUCCUACUUCCAUGCCCAGUACACCUUCUUCCACCAGGGCUAUGACCUACUGAAGGACCUGGAGCCCACGAUGAAGACCAUGGCCUCUCGGCUUGCCUUACUGUCCACGGAGUGCACAGCCAAAAAGAAAGAGAUGGAGAACACCCAUCUGCUGGUCCAACAGAGAGAUGCCACGGGGGAGCCGAUUGUCACAGGCUGCUCUGGUGACGAUGUGGCUAUCGAAGGCUAUCUGUUCAAGCGGUCCCGCCGGAAAAACAAAACCUGGAAGAGAUGCUGGUUUUCUAUAGAAAACAAUCAACUGGUAUAUUCCAAAUCACACAAGGAGGAAGUUAAGGUCUUGUUUGAUGACCUCAGACUAUGUGCUGUGAAGUCUCUGGACAGCAUUGAUCGUCGCUUCUGUUUUGAGGUUGUGUCUGUUCAGAAGAGCUGCUCCUUGCAGGCAGACUCUGAGGAGCUGAGGCAAGCCUGGAUCAGCGCUGUCCAGGGCAGCAUCGACAUGGCCUACCGCCAGAAGGUGGAAUCCCAACAGCCUUCGCCUACAGAUAAGCCUGCCUGCCCCGACCCUCAGCCUCCACCCCGCAUCCCUCAGUCUGCUGUCCUGGGCGUGGCCCUCCAGGGGCUGGGGAACCGGCAAUGUUGUGACUGCGGGGAGAACGAGCCCCGCUGGGCUAGCAUCAACCUGGGCAUCACCGUGUGCAUCGAGUGCUCCGGCAUUCACAGGAGUCUUGGAGUUCAUCUGUCCAAGGUUCGAUCCCUCACCCUGGACUCCUGGGACCCAGAGCAACUUAAGCUGCUGUGCAUUCUGGGUAAUGAUGUCAUCAACGGGAUCUAUGAGGCUCAGUGUGCAGACCAGGGCAGGGUGAAACCCCAUCCAGAGUCUCUGCGCCAGGAGAAAGAACUGUGGAUCAAGGAAAAAUAUGUGGAAAAGAAAUUUGUAAAGGGAGCUGCCUUAACGCACACAGACGCUGAAGUGACAGACACGGAGGCGUCAGACAGAGGGAGGAAUGCCCCCGGCCGGUGCCUUUACCAAGCCGCACAGUGUGGGGACCUUGUCUCCAUGGCGACUGCGCUGGCUCAGGGGGCAGAGGUCAACUGGAGUCACCCAGAGGAGGAGGGUCGAACUGCUCUGAUUGGUGCAGCCCGUGGGGGCUCUCUGCAGGCCUGUGAGUUUCUGCUGCAGAACGGGGCAAACGUUAACUAUCGGGACCAGCGAGGACACGGGGCAUUGCACGCUGCUGCCACCUGUGGGCACACAGGGCAAGUAUGUUUACUACUGAAGAGGGGAGCCAAUCAAUAUGCUGCUGAUGAGAGGGGACAUGACCCACUAAGCAUUGCCAUGGAGACAGCCCAUGCGGACAUUGUUACAUUGUUGCGGAUGGCUCGCAUGAAUGAGGAAAUGAGAGACUCAGAGGGACUUUUUGGAACUAUGGGUGAUGAUGAGACAUUCCAGGACAUCUUCCGCGACUUCAGCAACAUGGCAUCUCACGACCCAGAGCGGCUGUCCAGGCGGCAGUUCAGCAGGGAUGCGGGGGGUGCAGACUCUGAGGAGCGGAAUUAGCUUUGGAGUUCUGCAGGGGCUGAAGACUGCUCUGUGUACGGCUCAAUGUAGGCUGGAGCCAUAACUGGCAGUCACCAUUAUAAGGAAUUAAUGGAGUGCUUUACUCAGAAACUGUAACACUGUGCUGCAUCUCAGGACUGAUAUAGGGUGCCAUACCCCAGACCUGAACUGUGUCCUUCUAAUAUUUUAAUCUUUUAAAUUCAAUUUCAUUGCUACAUUUUUACUGAGUUCUCGGUUUUGAUAAGUGAACUAUAUUUAUAGUGGAGAUAUUAAUCUUGUGAAAGCAGAUCUGCUGGCAGUUGGAUAAUGUCCUGGUUCUUUACUGUGUGGCUCUAAUGUUGCAUUGUUCAGAUAAGUAAGCAAACAGAAGUGUUAAGAAGAAAAAAAAAAAGUGAAUUUUAUAUUUUUUAACAGUGUUUUUUUUUUUUCAGAAUCUAAUAUGUAAGAAUGCUAAGUAUGUUUAACAAGGAUAAUAAAAUAAUAAUGUGUCAGAA